AUGACGGAGAGCUUUACGCUCCCGCUUCGGUCGCUGCGACAGAAACAGAAACCCGAAGAUGAUUUGGCGAUCAAAAUCGCGCAGAUCAACGCCCAGCGAGGCUCGUUUCGAAAUGUGACGGAGGCGAGCCUGCUGGCCGAGAUCGAAGCAGCGCGUAACGUUGAAGAGGAUGCGGUUGACUCUUCAACUGCAGAGGCGCUCGAAGAAGAUGAACAAAGUAGGGAGGAGAAACUGUUCAAAUGCCGUGCUGAGAUUUCGCAGUUUGCCAUGGAUGCUCACAUGGAAGCAACUUACGCACUCGAAUUCGUAUCCCUACUGCUAUCAAAAUACAAUCCCCGCCAGGCGGAGAUGUCCAUGUCUCCACUGCUGAAACAAAAAAUUCCCCUAGGCGCUCUCGGCGCCGACAGAACGAGGCCCCCAGAACAGUCGGAUGCCCAGAAACGAGAUAUAGCUGCUGUAUCGCGCGGAUGGAAACUUGAGAGUCUUGAUUCUGCUGCGACCAAGCUCCUCCAAUCCGCGGAGCGCUUGGAGAAAGAUAUUACUGCUGAGACCAGAUACUGGUCUGACGUUCUGAAGAUCAAAGAAAAGGGGUGGAAGGUGUGCAGACUACCCCGAGAAAAACAGACUCUUGGGGUCCACUUCGGGUUUUUGGAGUCGACGCCGACCUUUCGCGAUCGGGGCCUGGCGGCGUUGCGGAAGGCAGAUGAGGGCAGCUUAGUUUUGGAUCGUGGAAUCACCACGCCACCCCGGAUCGUACGUGUGCGCAUCUUGGAUGGAGAUCAAACCGUGGGCGUCUCUAUCCCAAUGAGCGCUCCUAGAACAGAUGAUGAAGCUCUAGAUGCUAGAAUUCGCGAGGCUCGAGACAGCUUGUUUGAAGAAGAACUGUUUCAUGAACUAAAUCGAGAAGCACGCCUUUUGCUUCGGCACGGCGUGGAAACUAGCCGGGAUCUGAUAGAAAUCCCGGCAAUCGAUUCAAAGAAAAUCAUCAUUGAUCUCAUUGAACGUGAUGACGGAUUUGCAGAUACAGACACAGAAUUAACCCCCCUUUACAACACCUUAGCCGCCGCUGUUGCAAAGGCUCUGCGGGUUCUUCUUUCCCAUGCGCAUCGUGAAAACUUCCGCCGGCGAACGCGGAUUCCUUCGCCCCUGGCACCUGCAAAAAAGUUGACCCUGGAGUAUGCCCUCAUCCGGCCAAUUCUCUGCCAUUUCCAACACCGCUCACACUAUCAUUGGUUUACUACGUUUCUCGAUAAUGCAACUCAUACUCUACAGUCUGCAGCUUUGGAAUGUAAAUACGUAUCAUAUCCUUUUAAAAAGCGCACGCUCCAAGGUGUUAGCCGCCCCAAGCAUCACGCUUUGGAGACAACUUCCCCAGAGAAAUUUUUGGACGAUUUCGUUCAACCCCUUGAAUCGAUAUUCAACUGUCUGCUAUCUUCGAAGGGAUCGUGGUUUAGGCUACGACUUACCACUAAUAUGGACCCGAACGGACUUGGCUCUGAAUUUGAAAUUGUGACGAAUCUCUCUCACUUCUCUCCCCAACCCACCCCCUUGCGCUUCGGGCGUCGGGAAGAUGUUCAGGAGCUGAUUCUCAACCUCUUUACUCUGGACCUUGUUUAUUUAAUACCAUCACUCGAGAAACAUCCUAACACAGCUACAGAGUCGGAAGACUUCAAUCCUGGCGCCCAGUCACUCAACAAAGAAGAAGAAUUGUGGGAUGAAAAUGGGUUGCCGCAUCCGUCACCAAUUUCAGAGCUCAAUUCUGCUCAUUUGCUCCCUUGGAAACCUACUUUCCCUCAGCAGGGCGAGCUUACCGCCUUCUCUCCAUCACGCGGUAGCACAGGAAGGCUACAGAUACAAUUCGAAGGCGACAAGCUGCAGCUCUGUUUUUCCUGGGCUGAACGGGGACGGACGCUUCUCGAUAAAGAAUCCAAUGGGAAACAGCAAGGAAAUAUCUUAUUUAGCUGGCCCUCGGCGGAUGCGCAGGGCGCUGAGGAAAAUACCGCGCCCGUCACUCUUAAAAAGGCAUUACAAAUAUUAAGAGGGAAAGUGGAGGGUACAAUUGGCGCCUGA